AAAGCCCAGGUGCAUAUGUUUUCUUUUUUUCCGGAUGUAGCAUCACAUGAAUUGACUGUCAACAUGCAAGAUGGCCACGCAUCACAGGCAAAAUGCUGCUGGGCGGAGAAAAGUACAGGUGUCGUAUGUCAUUAGGGAUGAGGUGGAGAAAUACAAUCGAAAUGGGGUGAAUGCUCUCCAGCUUGACCCUGCCUUGAACCGGCUCUUCACUGCUGGGAGGGACUCCAUCAUCCGGAUAUGGAGUGUUUACCAGCACAAGCAGGACCCAUACAUUGCAUCUAUGGAGCAUCAUACAGACUGGGUCAACGAUAUAGUCCUCUGCUGUAACGGAAAAACAUUGAUAUCGGCCUCAUCCGAUACGACAGUCAAAGUAUGGAAUGCGCAUAAAGGCUUUUGUAUGUCCACGUUACGAACUCACAAGGACUAUGUGAAAGCUUUGGCUUAUGCAAAGGACAAGGAGCUUGUAGCAUCCGCGGGUCUGGACCGGCAGAUCUUUCUUUGGGAUGUGAACACACUAACGGCGCUUACUGCUUCCAACAACACUGUCACCACCUCGUCACUCAGUGGCAACAAGGACUCGAUCUACAGUCUGGCUAUGAACCAGAUGGGCACAGUCAUUGUGUCUGGAUCCACAGAAAAGGUUCUGAGAGUGUGGGACCCUCGAACAUGUGCAAAGCUGAUGAAGCUUAAAGGUCACACAGACAACGUGAAGUCAUUGCUGCUGAAUCGAGACGGCACUCAGUGCCUUUCUGGCAGUUCAGACGGAACCAUCCGCCUUUGGUCACUGGGCCAGCAGAGGUGUAUCGCCACAUACCGGGUGCAUGACGAAGGGGUGUGGGCCCUGCAGGUCAAUGAGGCCUUUACGCACGUGUAUUCUGGAGGCAGAGACAAAAAGAUCUACUGCACUGACCUGCGUAACCCCGACAUCCGUGUGCUCAUCUGUGAGGAGAAGGCUCCUGUGCUCAAAAUGGAACUGGACAGAUCUGCUGAUCCACCUCCUGCUAUCUGGGUCUCCACCACCAAGUCAUCCGUUAAUAAAUGGUCUCUAAAGGGAAUGCACAACUUUAGAUCAUCAGGGGAGUAUGACAAUGACUGCACCACCCCGCUGACACCGCUGUGUACUCAGCCAGAACAAGUCAUCAAGGGAGGUGCCAGUAUUAUUCAGUGCCACAUUCUCAAUGACAAGAGACACAUACUCACCAAAGAUACCAACAACAAUGUGGCUUUUUGGGACGUCCUGAAGGCUUGCAAGGGUGAAGACUUAGGCAAAGUGGAAUUUGAUGAAGAGAUCAAAAAGCGCUUCAAGAUGGUCUAUGUGCCAAAUUGGUUCUCUGUUGACUUGAAAACCGGGAUGCUCACUAUCACUUUGGAUGAGAGUGACUGCUUCGCUGCUUGGGUUUCUGCAAAGGAUGCAGGGUUUUCAAGUUCUGACGGAUCCGACCCAAAGUUGAACCUGGGGGGACUUUUGCUCCAGGCUCUGCUGGAGUUCUGGCCCAGAACUCGCAUCAACCCCAUGGACGAAGAGGAGAACGAGGUGAACCACGUGAAUGGAGAGCAGGAGAACCGAGUUCAGAAAGGGAAUGGAUAUUUCCAGGUGCCACCACACACGCCAGUCAUCUUUGGGGAAGCAGGAGGCAGAACUCUAUUUAGGCUGCUAUGUAGAGAUUCAGGUGGAGAGACUGAAUCCAUGCUGCUCAAUGAGACAGUUCCACAGUGGGUCAUUGAUAUAACUGUAGAUAAAAAUAUGCCCAAGUUCAAUAAAAUCCCAUUCUACCUCCAGCCCCAUUCUUCCUCUGGUGCAAAAACUCUAAAAAAGGACCGCCUCUCGGCCAGCGACAUGCUCCAGGUGAGGAAGGUGAUGGAGCACGUUUACGAGAAGAUCAUCAACCUGGACAACGAGUCGCAGACCACCAGCUCCUCAGCCAACGAUAAACCCGGGGAGCAGGAGAAGGAGGAGGACAUGGCCAUGCUAGCUGAAGAGAAAAUUGAGCUCAUGUGUCAAGACCAGGUUCUAGAUCCCAACAUGGACCUGCGAACAGUUAAACAUUUUAUCUGGAAGAGUGGCGGGGACUUGACGCUUCAUUAUAGGCAGAAGUCCACGUGAAAGUAAUCAUUUUUAAAACCAGAACUCUUCGUCAUUUGCCAAUCACCACCCACCUCUGACAUGUAGUACCCUAAACCCCAUUGUGUGGUCAGGAGUCAAUGAGAAUCCAGUAAAAAUUUGUGAGGACGUGGCUCAUGGUGUAUCAUAGGGAACUGACCAAAACAGCAGAACAGGCCGGCGCAGCCAACACACACCUGGGAGAUAAGUGGUCCACAUUGGUUCUUUUUUAACAGUUGGACUUUUUAUGUUUAGAUCUUUGACUGCUGUUUUUUUUUUUCCUUCUCCCGAUUGGCAUUUUAUUUUGAAGCAACCGAAGUAUCAGUAUGUUUUGUGUUUGAGUGUGUGUGUGUGUGUGUGUGCACGUGGAUGUAGUAGACUGUUUGUCCUAGUACAUUCCAGACACUGUCUUUGUUCUCCAAACACUCCACACCUGCCUCAACAGAAUCACCAGUUCGAGAGUACACCUGGUCUCUGGGUAGCAUCAUAGUCCUUCAUAAAAAAGAUCCUCACUUGUUCUGUUGUCGACUUCUUAACUUGAACUUAACCCCAACUAGACAUCUAAUUAUUGAGAAGAGCUUGAACAUCAUUGACAGAAGCACUUGUCUUUGUCUUUUAUUUUUUAGCUGCGCUGUUCUCAACUGAAUGAAUGUUUUUUUUUUUUUGUUGUUUUUUUUUUGUAAAUAUGUGAACAACAUCUUUGAUUUAAAUGACUUUGCAGCAGUUUUAUUUUGUUCUUGUACAGUUUACUUAAAAACCCAACACUUACUGAUGAUUUUUUUUCAAACCCCUAGAGCACAUUUGUGGUCAUGAACAUAACUUGACUUGGGUGUUAAGAAUUGCAUUUGUUGUAUUCACUGCAACCCAGAAAUUGCAGGUAAAAAAGUUAGUAGUUGCCCAAGUCAUCUUAGCAACUGGGGAGCUAUAUAUAAGGUAUAUAUCUUUGACGGUAACUCAUGCUUACAUGCUCUGUGUUCGGCUCAUGAGCAGUGACUCUGGUGACAGUGAGGGCUGUUCCUAAUGUAUAUUUCAUUUAGAAUUAAUAAGAGUUCAAAUAUAACUUGAACAGGAGUCUCAUCUGAGAGAAUAUAUGAACAUUCAACCACUGUGGGAAAUUCACCAAAGUGAAAUAAAUGCUAAAACCUAUUACUCUCUUGGUGUGUCACCAAGCAGGAAAAAAAAAAAAAUCAAAAAACUGAUCUUUUUAUUGUACAUUUUCUCGAGUUAAUUUUGCCAUGAUGAGUGUGUGUAACGCCAUACUGGUGGGGGAUGCAUUGAGUGAGCUCUAAUUGGCCAAAAACAGGAUGUGUACCAUUUUUGGGCCAGAACACUGCAAUAUCCCUUGUUGUAAUAAUUUGUGAAAUAUGUAUAUUUUAGGCAUUUAAAGAAAUAAAUUGGAAUGGUUUAACAAUGACAAAUUUA